UGGAGCUGUCCAAGUCACUGACGAUAAGAGAAGCCAGGCAUCAUGCCUCCAAAACGACUGAGCAGAAAACAGCAGAGGGAACUGUACUACUCACUGGGAGGGGAGCUGGUGAUCAUGGCCGGGACCGUCAUGCUGGCCUACUACUUCGAGUAUACCGACACCUUCAGCGUGCACGUGCAGGGCUUUUUCUGCUACGACACCGCCUACACCAAACCCUACCUGGGACCGGAGGACAGCAGCGCUGUCCCACCCAUUCUCCUGUACGCCGUAGUGGCUGGGCUGCCCACGCUGCUGAUUACAAUAACAGAGACGGUACUGUUCCUGGUCCAGUACACGUCCAAAGAGUUCGACCGCUCGGAGAAGACAGUGGCCACUGGAGACUGCUGUUACCUCAACCCGCUGGUGCGCAGGACCUUCCGCUUCCUUGGUGUCUACACCUUUGGCCUCUUCACUGUUGACAUCUUUGUCAACGCAGGUCAGGUAGUGACCGGGAACCUGGCACCCUACUUCCUGACAGUUUGUAAGCCAAACUACACAGCACUGGGCUGCCAGCAGGCCCUGCGCUACAUUAGCCACCAGGAGGCCUGCACAGGAAACCAGGAUGACAUCCUGCGUGCCCGAAAAACCUUCCCAUCUAAGGAGGCUGCACUCAGCGUCUAUGCUGCUCUGUACCUGGCUAUGUACGUGACGUGCACAGUGCAGGCUAAAGGCACACGUCUGGCUAAACCAGUGCUGUCUCUCGGACUCAUGUGUAUGGCGUUUCUCACCGGUCUGAACCGUGUGGCCGAGUACCGCAACCACUGGUCAGAUGUCAUCGCUGGCUUUAUCAUUGGGACUGCCAUCGCGACCUUCCUGGUGGUGUGUGUGGUCCAUAACUUCAAAGGCAAGUUGCUGCUGAGCGAGGAAUCACCGACGGAGCCACAACCCAAUAUAGGGAUGCUGAAUAUGGGCCGAAUGGAGAGUCCUCUGGAGAAGUAUAUUGCUUCACAGAAUCACAUCGCCUUCGCUGAGGUCACAUGACGUGGAGUCGGCCGUGUGGCAGACCCAUUGGACGUCCACACUCUUCACCGUCCAAUCCAGUUAACCGGAGUCCAGUGCUAAACCCAUCUCCUCUGUGUGUCUGAUCUGCAGUAUGUUGUUCUAUGUUGUCUUUAUCAGGCCCCUGAUGUUCUCUGCAGCUUCUCGUAUUCAAACAAAAACAAUGAAAGAAAAAAGAGUGAAUAUCUCAACAGGACAGGUUGUUCCUGCGUUCUCCAUCUAUGCACUUAUUCUGAAUCUUGUUCAGACUCUUGCCACCCUAAUGAAGCUUGUUGUUUGGUCAAACCAAAAGGAGUUGUUGUAUACUGGAAAACAAGCGAGGAACUGGAUUGCAAAGCUUUAAAAGGUGGUUGUGUUAAAAGUGUGCAAUCGCUACACUGAGUAUCUGAACAGAGAAACUAUCAAACAUCCUUUUUUAUGUUGUUAACAUUAAUGUCUUCCCCUCAGAAUGAUUUGUUUUUGUCUCUUUACAUCUCAAUCAUUACACAAGAGGACUGCUGUGAAUAUCAGAAUAUAAAAGCGACUGCUGGACCCAUAUUUACCAAAUAAAUAAGUGACACCUUAUCCUAGCUGCAUGCAAGCAUCAGAUAUAGCUAUAUGCAGCAUCGGCCACUCGCUGUCUACACUGCAUCUAGAGAAAAAGAGAAACUUCUGGAGAAAUAAAAGUGUGAUGCUUUGCAUUGACGAGUCUUUAGCUGUGGUGAGCUGCACAGUUUUGUCUCCAUGUUAACAGACGUCAUUGUAAGACAUGUCAAACUUGGAUGUGGAUUAUUAUAUUACUAAUGCACCACUAUCUCCAUGUUGUAAAACAACAUAAUAAGCUCUGCUGAGUGAAAAAAGUGAAAGAAAAUUAAGGAACUGUUCCUGAAGGACACUCCCAGGGCCUUGUCAGUCUCUUUUGUCCCAUGUCAGUGUCAACACAUGACAAUACCUAACUGACCAUUCAUUUAGCCUAUAGAAUUACACUGCAUAGCAUGCACAGUCCUUCCCAGAGUUUUUGGGUGCUUUCACGUUAGGGACCCAGGUAGGGUUUGGUAAUAUUAUCAGCAAGAUGUCAGUAUCAGCAGUCAUGAACAUUUCCGCUAAUGUCUGCAGCCAGAAUGUCUAUCACACAUCAACAAAAUGCACAUAUGUUCCAUCAGGUAUACAGUAGUUAUAAAA